UUCAUUCCUAUCUCUCAAUUUUGCCCUUCUACGUAUGACUCCCUUAAUAACCUCCACCAAUUAAGGAAGAUCUCCAGAUCAGACCCUUUUAACCAAGAUUCAGAAAACCCUCAAACCCCCCCUACACAAAUCUCAAACAACUCAGAAAAACCUCUCCUUUCAACAAAACCAGCAUGUUUCCCGCAAAACCCACCUCAAGAUCCAUGCUUUUCGCCUUCACCAUCCUACUUUUACUCACUUCUACCAUCUUUGUCACUGCCAAUGAAGACCCAACAGUUGAAACUGAUAAUGACGGUGCUGAUAGUGAUUUAAAAGAAUUGAUAGCAAUUGAUGAGGAAGAAGGAGGAGGAGGAGAAGAGCAGCUGCAAGGUGACCAACAGAAGGAGGCUGAGGUAUUGUCCAAAGCACAGAGGAUAGUUCUUGAGCUGAACAGUGAUAAUGCGAGAAGGGUUAUUGAUCAGAAUGAGUUUGUGUUGAUUCUUGGGUAUGCACCUUGGUGUGCAAGAAGUGCUGAGCUUAUGCCUCAAUUUGCUGAGGCUGCUAAUAAGCUCAAGGAGUUGGGGAGUCCUGUCUUGAUGGCUAAACUUGAUGCUGAAAGGUACCCAAAAGUUGCCUCAACUCUUGGGAUCAAAGGCUUCCCUACUCUGCUUCUUUUUUUCAACGGGACCUCUCAGGUUUACACUGGUGGAUUUUCCGGGGAAGAUAUAGUGAUCUGGGCUAGGAAAAAGACAGGUGUGCCUGUUAUUAGGAUAAGUUCAAGUGUGGAGGCUGAGGAUUUUCAGAAGAAGUAUCAUUUGUUUGUUCUUGGUCUUUUUGAUAAAUUUGAGGGACAUGAUUAUGAAGAAUUUAUAAAAGCAGCAACCUUUGACAACGAAAUCCAGUUUGUUGAAGUGAGCAGCCCUGCUGUUGCUAAAAUUCUCUUCCCAAAUAUCAAUUCUAAAGACAAUUUCAUUGGAAUUGUUAAAAGUGAGCCUGAAAAAUACACAGCUUAUGGAGGGAUCUUUGAAAAGGACACAAUAUUACAGUUUCUGGAAUAUAACAAGUUUCCCCUUGUUACCAUUCUUACUGAACUGAACUCUGCCAGAGUUUACUCCAGUCCUGUCAAACUUCAGGUUAUUGUCUUUGCAGAUGCUGAUGAUUUCAAAAAUCUCAUUCGGCCUCUUCAAGAGGUUGCCAGAAAGUUCAUAUCAAAGAUAAUGUUCAUAUACAUAGACAUUGCAGAUGAAAACCAAGCAAAGCCCUUCUUAACAUUAUUUGGGAUUGAAGAUUCAGAAAAUACUGUGGUGACUGCUUUUGACAACAGAAUGAGCUCGAAGUAUUUGUUAGAGUCCAAUCCAACGCCAAGCAACAUAGAAGAAUUCUGCUCGAGGCUUCUGCAUGGUAGUCUGUCAACUUACUUCAAAUCACAACCAAUACCUGAUAAUAAAGAGAAAAUUCUCCAGGUUGUUGUAGGGAAGACUCUUGAUGACUUGGUUUUGAGCAGCCCCAAGAAUGUACUUCUAGAGGUGUAUACACCAUGGUGCAUCAGCUGUGAGACUACAACUAAGCAGAUCGAGAAGUUGGCUAAGCAUUUUAAAGGUGUAGACAAUUUAGUUUUUGCAAGGAUAGAUGCUUCUGCAAACGAACAUCCAAAACUGCAGGUGGACGACUAUCCAACACUUCUAUUUUAUCCAGUUGGGGAUAAAGAAAAUCCGGUCAAGCUUUCAACAAAAUCCAGCUCAAAGGACCUGGCAACAGUCAUCAAAUCUCUUUUGAGAGCUAAAGAGGAUGUCCCCAAAGAUGAACUAUAGAAGUAUAGUGAAUAGGAGCAGUGAGAAUAUAACUUGAUCAAAGAACAAGAAGCUGGAUGAGUUUCUAAAUGGGAUUCUGGAAGAUAUGUUGUGUGAAGUAAUUCAAGUAAUUUAAAUUUGCUUGCGUUGGUUACCACAGUUUUCAAGAGUUACAACUAAAGCAAGCGGCCAUUCUUAAUAACUGCAAACUCUAAAGAGUCUGUCCACAAUCUACCAGACUGAAAUGCAGUUCCAUUGUAUACUGGUCAAGUGAUGACUGACAGAGAAUAGUUACUAAGAGAAUACUGGUUGCUAUUUCGUUAUCAUACUGAUAAAUCACAAUACCAAUGAAAUUUAUGCCUUUUGUGGGAUU